UAAGAUGGUUACAACUAAACCGAUACUUAUUUAUUCAAACAGUGGUGAGACAUAUGAUGCUGAUCGGAAGGAGUGGAUAGUGUCUACUGAUGUUUCAGAUGAAGAUUUUGUCUCAUAUGUUAGUAAAUGGCAUGAGGUUGGUGCUUCACUCAUUGGAGGCUGUUGCAGAACAACUUCAUAUAAUGUCAGAGGCAUAGCUAGAGCUCUCAACAAGGGAUCUACUGUUCAAGCUUUAUCUUACAAGGAGAUGUAGGGAAGGGGGCAGAAAGGAAGACACAAAGGGAAAUGUAAACAUCCUCUCUUAUCCAUAGAAGUGUUUGUAACAGAUAUGUUUGCUUCUGUAUUGCAAGUUAUAACUACCAACUCCUUAUUGAUGGCUCAAGGGUUGGUACCUACAGAUUUCUUCUGCUUUGUUUUUUAGUCUAUGUAAUUAUCCUAUUUAAUCACAUCUUAGUUGUGCCCAGGCAACA